UUCGCCGCCGCCUUCCGCCGCCCCGCCGUUACCCCGGCAACGCCGCCGCCGUGGGAGCGCGGAGUCCGGGCCGGCCGCAGGAUGAUGCUCUCCCGUGCCAAGCCGGCCGUGGGGGGUACCCCGCCGCCGGGAGACAGGCGAAGAAAGAAAGGGAAGGAGGUGCCGCAGCUGGAAGAACUCCUGGCCCAGAGGGACUUUACCGGCGCGAUCGCCUUGCUGGAGUUUAAGCAGCAAGUGGGUGAGCAGGAGGAGGAUGCCAACCUUUGGAUUGGAUACUGUGCAUUUCAUUUGGGUGACUACAAGAGAGCUCUGGAGGAGUAUGAGGCCUUAACCAGACAACCAACUUGCAAUCCAGAUGUUUGGGUGAACCUUGCCUGUACGUACUUCUUUCUGGGGAUGUACACGCAAGCAGAACAAGCAGCUUUGAAAGCACCGAAGAGUGGUCUGCAGAACCGUCUGCUCUUUCACCUGGCACAUAAGUUCAGUGAUGAAAAGAAACUGAUGAGCUCUCACCAGAAUCUGCAAGAUAUUACAGAAGAUCAGCUUAGCUUGGCAUCUAUCCACUACAUGCGGUCCCACUACCAAGAGGCAAUUGAUAUCUACAAACGCAUUCUACUUGAGAAUCGGGAAUACCUGGCUCUGAAUGUAUAUGUGGCCCUAUGCUAUUACAAGCUGGAUUACUAUGAUGUAUCACAGGAAGUGCUAGCUGUUUAUCUUCAGCAAGUUCCUGACAGCACCAUUGCUCUUAACCUUAAGGCUUGUAACCAUUUCCGACUUUACAAUGGGAAGGCUGCUGAGGCAGAGCUCAAGAACUUGACUGACAGUGCCUCAUCAUCUUUUGAGUUUGGCAAGGAGCUCAUUAAACACAAUCUGGUGGUUUUCCGAGGAGGAGAAGGGGCUUUGCAGGUCCUGCCUCCUUUGGUUGAUGUUAUUCCUGAGGCAAGACUGAAUCUUGUGAUUUACUAUCUCCGGCAAGAUGAUGUGCAGGAGGCUUAUAACCUGAUUAAGGACCUGGAACCUACAGCUCCACAGGAGUACAUCCUCAAAGGAGUUGUAAAUGCAGCACUUGGACAAGAAGUUGGCUCAAGAGAUCAUCUGAAAAUUGCUCAGCAGUUCUUCCAGUUGGUCGGGGAAUCAGCCAGCGAAUGUGAUACCAUUCCAGGGAGACAGUGCAUGUCCUCCUGCUUCUUUCUUCUUAGACAGUUUCCUAAUGUCCUAAUUUACCUCAACUCAAUCAAGAGUUACUUCUACAAUGAUGACACUUUUAACUUCAACUAUGCUCAAGCCAAAGCUGCAACAGGCAAUUUUAAAGAGGCUGAAGAGGUGUUCCUUUUGAUCCAGAGUGAGAAGAUAAAGAGUGAUUUUAUUUACCUUAGCUGGCUAGCUCGCUGCUAUAUUAUGAAUAAGAAACCACAGUCGGCCUGGAAGCUCUAUCUGAAGAUGGAAACCUCAGGGGACUCCUUUAACCUGUUGCAACUCAUUGCAAAUGAUUGCUACAAAAUGGGUCAGUUUUACUAUUCAGCCAAAGCGUUUGAUGUUCUGGAGAGACUGGACAAUAAUCCUGAAUACUGGGAAGGCAAGAGAGGUGCUUGUGUGGGUGUAUUUCAAAUGAUCUUAGCUGGCCGAGAAGCAAAAGAGACUCUGAGGGAAGUACUGCAUCUUCUGAAGAGCGAUGGUAACUCUCAAGUAGAAUAUAUUGUCCGCAUCAUGAAAAAGUGGGCCAAGGAGAACCGAGUCCCUGUUUAAGUCAGUACCACAAAAUGAACUGGGCAUUCAACGCAGGAUUUUUUCUGGUUUGUAAAAUGCUAAGUCCUAUGGAAGACCAGAAAUCAGCAUGACACUAAGAAGUAACUCAGUCUCUUAAAACAGUGAAGAAGAAUUUAGGUAAGAAUAGGCUGCACAAUUACUUACCAAUGUCAGGGGUCAUUCUUUUAAGGUCGGCAAAAUGACAUUUGAAAUAAAACUGUUAUACAGAAAAUGUAGCUUGUUUUCACAAGCAAUUCUGAUAUGUACCAUCCACUCUAUUCUUAAAAUCGUCACUGCUUUUGCUGCUAUUCUACAUGUGUUUUAAUAUGCUCAAAAAACUUUACAUUUCAUAUGUCUUCUCAGAAUACAACUUGAGGUGGGAAGAAAAUAGUUUUACAAAAUUUCAUUUGUCUAUUUAAAUUAUUCAUGUAUGGAAAAUCGUAUUUUGUAAGUAAUUUUUCAGAUGCUAUUUUUAAUGCUGUGGCAGCUCCAAAGCAGCUUUGUGUUGAAUCUGCAAUCUCGGUAUGUAGUUAAUUCUCGGUGAUAAAUAUGUGCUUUGCUUUUUGAAGGCAAUUUGGCUUGGAAAUAAAAUCAUGGAAAUAUGAAAAUGCUGAAAUGCACAUGCAAAGUAUGCUUCUGACUAUUCUGAUUGUAAGCUUAUAUGAAUGUUAAACAUGUCGCAAUUUGUAUAUGCAAGCACCCUCAGAUGUCUGUGAUAAUGUGCACCUACUUAGGUGUAGAACUUUAUAUGAGUAAAAGCAGUUUCCGAAGUGCUCAGAGGCAUUGAAAAACUCGGUUAGGAAAUUGGAGUUUUGUAAAAAUCAGUCUGAAAGUGAAAGGAAGACUUAAGAAAAAAAAAAUUCUGCGAGGUCACAGCCAAAUAUGUUGUAUGUCUUUAUAACUUCUAGAAGGUUGCUUUGCAAUCUACAUGUAUGUAUUACAUAAAAUUCUCCUUUUUGGGAGGAUGAACGUUGCUUGACAGUUGUUUCCUGAACAGUAACUAUAAUAAUUCUUCAUAUAUUAGAGUAUUUAAUAAAAAAUAAAUUUCUGAUAGUUACUAAAAUAUCUAUAAUUCUCUAAAAACUAGAAAAUAUUACAGUGGCAAGCGACCAAGGCUUGUCUAGCUUAUACUCUGCCUGACUCAAGGGCACCUAGAGUGUCUUGCCCUACGUCAGCACCCACAAGAGAAACCCUGAGCAAGAGCAAUCCUGUGGCACGUUAGCUUUUGUACUGCUGCGAAUUACUUCUAGACCGUUUUACCUCAUUAAACAGCAUUACUGCUUUUAGUGUAGAGAUUGCAAUUCAAACUGAGAACUCCCUACCCGGGCAAUCCUCCUUAUUAUGUUACAGGUGGGUGGGAGAGCUACUUGAAAUUGUGACUCAUUCUUGUGUGGUUUUAAUUACUAUUGGAAGAAUAAAACCAGCAGACAACAA